UGGUUCAAUUUGUCCUGGAUGGAUGAACAACUGAUAUGGAAUCCCGAGGAUCACAAACGUCGACCGACAUUCUAUGUUCAGACCAUUAUUCUCCCAAUCAUGGUGCUAUCGUUCCUUAAUGUCAUGACGUUCUGGUUGCCAGAUGACUCUGGUGAAAAGAUAUCAUUUGCAACUUCAGUCUUAUUAUCCUUGACGGUGUUUUUGAGUAUAACAAGUGGUCUGCUUCCUCAAACUUCAGACAAGCCUCCAGUGUAA